AGGGGAGCCGCCCGGUGCUGCUGCUGCUGUGGCUUUGGGCCCGGAGGACAGGCCAGGGGUCAGUCCUGCCCACCCUGCUGGGCCUCCGUCCUGCCGCCCAGCCCCACGUGGGUUAAUUAUAACUCUGACCUAAGUGCCCUAUGACACACCACUGGCUGCCCUGCUGGAGACCCACCGCCAGGUCUACGUCCGCUAUGCCCCUCACCCACGUGCCCCUGGCCCUGGGCUCCAUGCUGCUGCUGCUGCUACAGCUGCUGUCCCCCACAUCUGCCUUCUUCCCCAACAUCUGGAGCCUCCUGGCCGCCCCUGGCUCUGUCACCCACCAGGACCUGACGGAGGCGGCGGCUCUCAAUGUCACUCUGCAGCUCUUCCUGGAGCGGCCGCCCCCGGGCCGGCACCCCCUUCGUCUUGAGGACUUCCUGGGCCGCACCCUCCUCGCCGAUGACCUCUUUGCCUCCUACUUCGGACCUGGGUCCCCUUCCCGGCGGUUCCGAGCAGCCUUAGGCGAGGUGUCUCGUGCCAAUGCAGCCCAGGACUUUCUGCCAACUUCCAGGAACGACCCUGACUGGCACUUCGAUGCCGAGCGGCUGGGCCAGGGGCGCACACGCCUGGUGGGGGCUCUGCGGGAGGCCCUGGUGGCGGCCCAAGCCGGCGACCACGCCCUGGCCCGGCAGCGCCUCGGGGCGGCCCUCCAUGCCUUGCAGGACUUCUACAGUCACAGCAACUGGGUGGAGCUGGGGCAGCAGCGGCCACACCCGCACCUCCUCUGGCCACGGCAGGAGCUGGGGAGCCUGGCACAAGUGGGAGAUCCUACCUGUGCCGAUUGUGAGGAGCUGAGCUGCCCUGGGAACCUGCUGGGUUUCACACGCCUCACCUCUGGCUACUUUGGAACGUAUCCCUCCAAGCCUCCAGGAAAAUGCAGCCACGGGGGCCGUUUUGACCAGAGCAGCUCUCAGCCACCCCGGGGAGGCAUCAACAAGGACAGCACAGCCCCGGGCUUCUCCCCCCACCACACGCUCCAGCUCCAGGCUGCAGAACUGGCCCUUCUGGCCUCCAUCCAGGCCUUCGGGCUCCUGCGGAGCCGCCUGGGGGACCGGGGCUUCUCCAGGCCGCUGGAUGUCACCCCUGCCUCCAGCCUGAGCUUUGUGCUGGACGACGGCAGCAUGGGCGAGGAGAUCCACGCCGCCAAGAUCCAGGCUCGCCACGUCGUGGAGCAGCGGCGGGCAGCCCCGUGGAGCCCCCGCUGCGUGCUGGUGCCUUUCCAUGACCCAGGGGCCGGGUUUGGUCCUGUCUUUACCACCAGUGACCCUGACAGCUUCUGGCAGCAACUCAAUGAGAUCCAGGCCAUGGGAGGAGGAGACGAGCCUGAGAUGAGCCUGUCAGCCCUGGAGCUGGCCCUGCUGCACACCCCUCCACUCUCAGACAUCUUUGUCUUCACGGACGCCUCGCCCAAGGAUGCCUUUCUCACCCACCGCGUGGAAGCCCUGGCUCAGGAGCGACGCUGCAGGGUAACGUUCCUGGUGACUGAAGACCCGUCGCGGGGUCAGCGCCGCGUCCGGCGUGAGGUCUUGUCCCCGCUGCGCUUCGAGCCUUAUGAAGUGGUGGCCCUGGCCUCUGGAGGCGAGGUGAUCUUCACCCAAGAUCAGCACAUUCGCGACGUGGCAGCUGUUGUUAGGGACAGCACGGCCGACCUGGUGGUCCUGCCCCUGGAACCCCCGGUGGUGGUGCCUGGGAGGCCGCUGGUGUUCACUGUGGAUGGGCUGCUCCGGAGGGUAAUGGUCCGGAUCCACGGGGAGGUCCGCAGCUUCUGGAUCAGGAACCCUGCAGGGGUCUCCCAGGGCCAGGAGGAAGGCCAGGGCUCUCUCGGCCACACUCGCCGCUUUGGGCAGUUCUGGAUGGUGAGCAUGAAUGACCCCCCCCAGACAGGGACCUGGGAGAUCCAGGUCACAGCUGAGGGCAACACCCGGGUGAGAGUGCAAGCUCAGACGGCGCUGGACUUCCUCUUCCACUUUGGGAUCCCCGUUGAGGAGGGCCCCCACCCUGGCCUCUAUUCCUUGACCCAGCCAGUUGCAGGUCUCCGGACCCAGCUGCUGGUUGAGGUGACAGGGCUGCGCCCCGGCGGCCGCCGGGAAGGGCCGCUGCCCCACUUCUCCCACGUCGUGCUGCGAGGGGUUCCGGGGGGCGCCGAGCUGGGCCGGGUGCCCUUGGAGCCCAGGGGAGCCCCGGAGCGAGGUCUCCUGGUGGCCUCGCUUCCACCCCCGCUGCUGUCCACCGCGGGGCCCUUCGCUCUGGAGCUGCUGGGCCGGGACGGCGGCGGGCGGGACCUGCGCCGGGCGGCGCCCCAGCCCUGCAGGGUGGCCCCGGUCCUUCUGGAGCUCAGUGGCCCGGCGGGGUUCCUGGCCCCGGGCAGCAAGGCCCCCCUCAGCCUUCGCAUCGCCAGCUUCUCGGGGCCUCGGGAUCUCGACCUCAGGACGUGGGUCAACUCCAGCUUCACGCUCACCUCCAACCUCUCCAGGGUUCGCCUGGAGCACAACGAGUCCGCCUGGGGGCGCCUGUGGCUGGAGGUCCCGGAGUCGGCUGCCCUGGACUCCGUGGUGACGGUGACUGUGGCUGCGAUGGGUCGAGAAGCCAGACCAGUGCCCCCGACCCACGCCUUCCUCCGGCUCCUGGUGCUGGCCCCGCACCCACAGGACCAGCUCGCUGUCCCUGCCCACUCGUCUGGCCCGGUCCUCGCCAUGGCCAGCUCCACCCUUCCUCCCUCCCCUUUGGUGACUCGGGGCAGGGCCGGGGGAGGGCUGGCAGGCAACCCCUGGUGGGGCACAGUCGCUGGGGCGCUGCUCCUUCUAGGCCUGGCCUCCUGGUGACAGCAGCCCCUAAAGGAUGGGUCUCCAGCGCUCUUUCCAAUCCCUCCCGGUGCGUGAGCGAUGGCGUGGGCCUCGGGGCCCUACUCUCCCAGCGGGACUGGAGGUUUUCCUUCUCAUGCACUUGUCCCUUCUCUUAGCAAG